GGCAGUGCGUAUCCCUGCGCUACGUCUAGUCGUGACGCCAGUCUCGCGUGAUGAGGUUUCUGGCGCCAGGAUUAUUUUCUGUAAGACAGGAGGUUGGAGGCUGAAUUAGCAGCUUUGCAAGAUGUGCGACAUUUGAGGUUCUUCCCUUUUUUAUUUUUUUGAAGCUGCAAUAGAUUUAUGGACUUGUACAUGAUGAACUGUGAAUUGUUAGCAACGUGCAGUGCCUUGGGGUACCUGGAGAGCGAUACCUACCACAAAGAGCCUGACUGUCUUGAGAGUGUAAAAGAUUUAAUUCGUUACUUGCGCCAUGAGGAUGAUACAAGAGAUAUCAGACAGCAGCUUGGGGCUGCCCAGAUACUGCAAAAUGAUCUUAUUCCCCUGGUUAUCCAGCAUCACAAUGAUAAACAGCUGUUUGAUGCUGUAAUCAGGUUGAUGGUAAAUGUAACGCAGCCGGCACUUUUGUGCUUUGGGAAAGUACCUCAGGAUCCUACAUUUAGACACCAUUUUCUGCAGGUUGUUUCCUAUUUACAAGCUUACAAGGAGGCAUUUGCAAAUGAAAGACUAUUUGGAGUCUUAAGUGAAAAAUUAUAUGAUUUACUGCAGAUGGAAUGGGAGCAACGAGAGGAGGAACAUAAUUUACUUAUAGAAAGGAUUCUUCUGCUAGUGCGUAAUAUUCUCCAUGUGCCCCCUGACCCAGAGGAGGAGAAAAGUGUAGAUGACGAUGCUAGUAUUCAUGACCGAGUGCUUUGGGCAAUCCACAUGAGUGGAAUGGAUGAUCUAAUUAAGUUUUUGGCUAGCUCAGAGACAGAGCAACAAUGGAGCAUGCAUGUGCUGGAGACUGUAUCUCUUAUGUUUAGAGACCAGAUAGCAGAGCAUUUAGCUGCAACAGGCCAGGCACGCUCAACUGCAGAGCGAGAUACUGAUAUUAAAAACUUGGAGAUCCUGAGACAGAGGGAAUCAGCAGAAAAGAAGAACAGGGCUCUUCAGCGUGGGACUCGGCAUUCUCGGUUUGGUGGUUCUUACAUUGUUCAGGGACUGAAAUCUAUUGGAGACAAAGAUGUAAUCUAUCACAAAGGCAUUCACAAUUUCAAGAACUACACUCAUGACCUUGGAAAGGAAGUGCGGAGAGUCCCAAAGAGAAAGCAGCAGGCCAAGGAAACAGAGGCACGACGCCGCUCUGCACUCAAUGUUCGAUUAUUUCUAAAGGAGUUUUGCAUUGACUUUCUUGAAAAUUGCUACAAUCGACUCAUGUACAUUGUAAAAGAUAAUCUGAUUCGUGAGAAGGCACAGCAGCAUGACGAAACCUACUACUUGUGGUCCAUGGCUUUUUUUAUGGGGUUUAAUCGCCUCUUCCGCUUCCAACCUGAGCUUGUGUCUGAGACAGUUAGCAUCAGGACCUUCCACUUCAUAGAGCAGAACCUCACAAAUUAUUAUGAGAUGAUGCUGACUGACAAGAAGGAGGCCACAUCAUGGGCCCGGCGAAUGCACCUUGCUCUAAAAGCGUAUCAAGAGCUUCUAAGCACUGUUCAUGAGAUGGACCAUUCUAAGGAAGAGGCUGUGAGGGAAAGCAGCAAAAUCAUUAAAAAUAACAUAUUCUAUUUAAUGGAGUACCGAGAGCUCUUUCUGGCGCUAUUCAGGAAAUUUGAUGAGACUAAGCAGCCACGUUCCUUCUUAAAGGAUCUGGUGGAGACAACACAUUUGUUUCUUAAAAUGUUAGAAAAAUUUUGCAAAGGAAAACAGACUGUGGUCGUACAGAAACGCCGUGUGAAACGAAAGAAGAAGAAAUCCUCUGUAAGUGGUGCUAAGGAGGUUCAGCCUAAGAGCACAGAGGAGCUGGCGGCAAUAUGGACAAAUGUUUCAGAGCAGCUCACGACCUGCAUAGUGAAUUCAGAAAAUCUACCUGACAGUGUUGUGCCUUUUGAUGCUGCCUCUGAGAUACCAGUAGAAGAGCAGAGGGCAGAAGCCUUAGUACGAAUCCAAGAUGGUCUCUUCUCUGGCUGUGCAGCAGAGGCCCUUGUUCUGCUGCGUUCUGCUAGGGAGGUCUGGCCAGAGGGGGAUGUUUUUGGUGCUGCAGAGAUAGAACCUGAAGAAGAGACUGAGCUACUGAAACAAAUUCUCUUUGCAGAGCUUCCCAGAUCAACACAGGCUGAAAGUGAGGUUCUGGGAGAGGAAGAAGAGGAAGAUGAGAUUGAGGAAGAAGAACUUACCUCAGUUCAAGUAUCUGAGAGGGAAUUUAACUUUCUAGAUUACAUGAAACGGUUUGCUAACUCCAAUGUAGUGAAAACCUAUGUCCUGCUGCUGAAGAAUUACCAACAGAACAGUGCUCACACCAAUCACUGUGUAGCGAAGAUGUUGCACCGUAUUGCAUAUGACCUCAAAAUGGAGGCACUUCUCUUUCAGCUUUCAGUGUUUUGUAUUUUCAACAAAAUUCUGGGUGAUCCAGCAGCAAGUGCCUAUAAGGAGUUGGUGGCCUUUUCUAAAUACAUCUUAAAUAAGUUCUUUUCCCUGGCGGCAACAAACAACAAGGCCUAUGUGGAGCUUCUUUUCUGGAAAAACACCAAUGUGAUUAGAGAAAUGACAGAGGGCUAUAGAAAACUUGGAGAAGAAGAGAGUGAAGCGAACCGCAAGCGCAUAAAGUGGACUCCAGAGGAUGAGGAUGAGCUGAGGAGACUUUAUUUGCAGUUCAAAGAGAUAGAAGACGCAGAUGUGGUGGAUAAUAUCGUCGCCAACUUAAAACCUGGAACCCGUACUCGGAAGCAAGUCAUUAACCAUUUGGUGCAAAUGGGGCUAGCUGACAGUGUCAAGGACUUCAAACAAGAAACAAAAGGAACUCGCAUUGUGCUAUGGACAGAGGAUCAAGAGCUGGAACUUCAGCGCCUUUAUGAAGACUUUAAAGACUCAGAUGACAUAUUGGGAAAUAUAAUGAAGAAUGUGACUGCAAAACGCUCCAAGGCUAGAAUAAUUGAGAAGCUUAUCAGCAUGGGUCUAGUAUGCGAUCGCAAAGAACUUUAUAAGAAAAGAAGGAAGAAGGGGAAAUCAUCUGGCAUGUCUGAAGAAGAGUUUCUCAAUGAUCUGGGGUUUGAUGGAAAACACAGUGUGGAUGAUGUGGAAGAAGAGGAGGAGGAGGAAGAAGAAGAAGCAAGUGAAGAAGAAGAAGAGUGUGAAGACCUUAACUAUAAACAAAUUGCAAAAGAGCAAACAGGUGGCAGAAUGGAUCCAUUUACCGAUAAGAAUAUAAAGCAUUUGGUGCACAAGUUACAGCAGGAAGGUUUAUCUGGUCCUCUUUUGUGGCUUCAAAACUGUUUAAACCGCACUGCCGAAGACAGAGAAGAGGAUGGCUCUUCUCAGGCAAUUCCCCUUGUGCCUUUAACGGAAGACAAUGAGGAUGCUAUGGAAAAUAAAACAUUCAAGAAACUGCUGAAGAAGUUGGGCAUCCGUGCGCCUGCAAAUGAGCAGGAAUCUUUCUGGCGCAUCCCAGGUAAAUUAAGUCCGGAACAGCUGCGCAAGGCAGCCUCCUGUCUUGUUCCCUUGGCUGCAGCAGUUGCCUGUGAGGUUCUUGCAAAUGCUGAAGAACAAGAGGUAAAUGUUGAGCAGAGGGCAGAAGCACUUCGUGCACUUUUACUUGCACGGAAAAAGAAAUCAUCAGAAGCUCAGCAAGACCUUCAAGAAGAAAAUCAGAAAUCCCCAGAUAAGUCAUUACAAUCCCAAAGCAAAACCAGAAGACCAAAGACAGCAAAGAAGAGAAGUAAAAUGGUUGACAGUGAUGAAGAGAAUUCUGUAGACAAUACUAAUGAGAACAAGGAGUCAGAGCAGCUGCCAAUGGAUGCCAUAACAGAGAGAGAAACCAAACCGAAUAGACCAAAGAAAUCAAAGAAAAGAAGUCGUAUAGUGGACAGUGAUGAUGACUCUGUGACAGAAGAGCAUGGCAAGGAGAUGUUAGAGGUAGACCAGAAAGGAUCGUUUUCUGAAUCGGACACUGAGGAAAAUGUUCAACCUACCAAGAAAAAGCGUCUUGUCAUUGAGGAUGAAGAUGAAGAUUGAUGUGGGAUGCAUCCCAGUAACUUAGAGAUUUGGAAGCUCAGAGACUUUUCCUAGGUUCCAUGGAAAGUACAAAUGCAAGUUCAAAUGGAGGGGUUAUGGACUCUCGUAAUACAGCUCUUUUGCUUUGUCUCUGUGAUAAGCAGAUAUUUUAGCAGUGUAACAAUCUUGCUGCAACAGGGACCAUGUGUCUGUGUGUGGGGAACUGAAACUGGUGACAGUGAAGGUUUAUUCCACAAAAUCAACGUUUGUUUUUAAACCUUUUUCUCAAGUGGUCUUCGACCAGCCUUUGCAUUCCUUAUUCCUUGAAUAAUGCCACAUUGAGAUCUUUUUGCUUUGUUUUACAUCUAAAUACUUUUGGAGUUAGUUUCUUACCUACAUUUAGUUUAGUUAAUAAACUUCUUUAUAUUGAUGUGUUA